AGCCACACAGAGCCACCAUGCCGAACUGGGGAGGCGGCAACAAGUGCGGCGCCUGCGGCCGCACCGUCUACCAUGCUGAGGAGGUGCAGUGCGAUGGCAGGAGCUUCCACCGGUGCUGCUUCCUCUGCAUGGUCUGUCGGAAAAACUUGGACAGCACAACUGUAGCAAUUCAUGAUGCUGAAGUUUACUGCAAGUCUUGCUAUGGAAAAAAGUAUGGACCAAAAGGUUAUGGAUAUGGUCAGGGGGCAGGAACGCUGAACAUGGACAGGGGAGAGAGACUAGGCAUCAAGCCUGAGAGCGCACCCUCUCCCCACCGACCCACAACAAAUCCAAACACUUCAAAGUUUGCCCAGAAGUUCGGAGGAGCAGAGAAGUGCUCCAGGUGUGGUGAUUCUGUGUAUGCAGCUGAGAAAGUAAUAGGAGCUGGAAAGCCAUGGCACAAAAACUGCUUCCGAUGUGCAAAGUGUGGAAAAAGCCUAGAAUCUACAACUCUAACUGAGAAAGAGGGAGAAAUUUAUUGUAAAGGUUGCUAUGCGAAGAACUUUGGCCCCAAGGGAUUUGGGUACGGCCAAGGAGCAGGUGCCCUUGUUCAUGCCCAGUGAGGAGGCACGGCUCAACACCCCUUAUGGCUCUGCUGAGAUCCUGCUACAAGAACCAAGAGUUUCCUGAAUGUUACUAACUACUGUGAAACAGCUACUAGUUACUGUAGUGCUUGGGCAGACAUUCAGCAGAUGAUUAUUAAUUGUUUUUAAAAAGCACUGCUUUUUUCCUUGCUUUGUGUAUCACACUGUAACACUUUUAAUACUGAGUAUCAGUUCAAUAAAGCUUUGCUUAUUGAUCUAUCCUAAA